CCGGUGUUUUAGUGACUUCAUAUAAAUUCCAAUCUCACAGAGAAAACAAACACAGCGGGCUGUUAUUUCCCUGACGGCUCUGCUCACGCCGCCGUUACACAGCGUCCAUCGUUACACCCAAUUCCGCUUCCAUUUGCCAUCCCCAAAGUCUUUGCGCUUCGGUUUUUAUUCACUGACGCAGACACGAACUGGCACUGACGUUCGGUUUGCCCUUUAUUUGGAUUCCCGAAGCCGCACUGCCGACCGCAGGCAGCCUGGCGGCCGUGCCGUGCCGUGCCGUGCCCGGGGAGCCCCGCAGCGGCGCCCGGAGGCGGGAGGUGACGCCGCUCCGUGCCCUCGGGCGGCCAUUUUGCCUCCGCGCGGUCUAGUCCGUCCCGCCCGCCUCCGCGCUCCGUCCUCUGAGCUUCUCCCUUCCCCCGGGCGCCGACACGGGAGAGGCCGGGCCGCAGCCCUCCGGGUGGCCGCGGAACGGGGCGGGAACGGCCGGGAAAAGGACGCGACGUAACGGGCCCGACUACGACCAGCGAUGCGCACGGCCCCCGCCGCCCCGCGGUGCAUUGUGGACCGAGCCACGCCCCGCGCCUUGGCGCCAAGAGCCCCCGCCGCCACAGUGCAUUGUGGGACACCCCCAGGCCCGGCCGGGCCUUCUUGGCGCGAGCGCCGCACCGGACGUGACGUCACACGGCUCGACGCCCCGUAAAACGGCGGCGGGGAAAAAGCGCCGCGCUCCCGUGGCGGACAGCGAGGCUUUCUGAGGAGAACCGAGUUUGUCCCGUUCCCCCGGGCGGGAGCGGCGCCCUUCGCGCGGGCCCGACCUCUUUGGCUGAGCCUCGGAGGUGAAAGACAGGAGAGAGGGACUACUUUUCUACAGCGCCGCGCAUGCGCGAGGGCGCGGCGGGAGACGAACCACCGCAGUCGAGUCGAAGGCCGUGGGCGGCGCUGCGCCGCGGGGUGAGAUCGCUGCGCGCGCUGCGAGCGCGAGGGGAGCCGCGGUCGCCAUUUUGAAGCGGCGGUUGGGGGAGGCGGCGUGUGCGCUCUCGUCUGCCCGGCCCGGCCCCGCGCCCGCCCGCCCGCCCGCGCUCCGCGCACCGGCCCCGCACCGCCGCAGCCAUUGCCGACCUCGGCAUGUCCGGAGGGGGCGUGAUCCGCGGCCCAGCCGGCAAUAACGACUGCCGCAUCUACGUGGGCAACCUGCCCCCCGACAUCCGCACCAAGGACAUCGAGGACGUCUUCUACAAAUACGGCGCCAUCCGCGACAUCGACCUGAAGAACCGCCGCGGCGGGCCGCCCUUCGCCUUCGUGGAGUUCGAGGACCCCAGGGACGCGGAGGACGCCGUCUACGGGCGGGACGGCUACGAUUACGAUGGGUAUCGCCUCCGCGUGGAGUUCCCUCGCAGCGGCCGGGGCACCGGCAGAGGAGGCGGUGGCGGCGGAGGGGGCGGAGCCCCGCGGGGCAGGUACGGCCCCCCGUCCCGGCGAUCGGAGUACAGAGUGAUCGUAUCGGGGCUGCCUCCAAGUGGAAGUUGGCAGGAUUUAAAGGAUCACAUGCGUGAAGCAGGUGAUGUAUGUUAUGCUGAUGUUUUCCGAGAUGGCACUGGUGUCGUGGAGUUUGUACGGAAGGAAGAUAUGACCUACGCUGUGCGAAAGCUGGAUAACACUAAGUUUAGAUCUCAUGAGGGAGAAACUGCCUACAUCCGUGUUAAAGUUGAUGGUCCAAGAAGUCCAAGCUAUGGAAGAUCUCGGUCACGCAGCCGUAGUCGUAGCAGAAGCCGUAGUCGAAGCAACAGCAGAAGCCGCAGUUAUUCCCCACGAAGAAGCAGAGGAUCUCCACGCUACUCUCCCCGCCACAGCAGAUCCCGAUCUCGUACAUAAACGAUCACUAGCUCUGAUCUUUUUGUAGAACCCCAUGUUGUACACAGUUUUCCUUUACUCAGUACAGUCUUUCAAUUUUUUUUUAAAUUCAAACUGUUUUAUUCAAAUCGGCUGAAGUGUUGAAUUGCAUUCUUGUGUAAAAUCCCUAGUGAGUAUUUGCUCCGUAACAACAACAUUCCCCUCAUGUCUUUGGUAAACUGUAUUUUAAUUGAUGUCAGUCAGGAUUGUUUCAAUUUAGUUAUAGUUAAAUACCACCAUUCUUCAAACUGUGGUAUUGCUGUGUAAAUGUCUCAGUGUUCAGCUAUGGUUUAUGCGAGCUGGGGAUGUUGGGAUGUUUGUGGCUAACUUGUCUCUUCUGGGGGAUCUUAUAUUUUAUCUUGCCUUUUCGUGUGUCUUUCUGUAGACAUAUCUGAAGAGAUGGAUUAAGAAUGCUUUGGAUUAAAGGAUUGUGGAGCACAUGUCAAUCAUUUUAGGAUUGUCAAAAGGAGGAUUGAGGAGGAUCAGAUCAAUAAUGGAGGCAAUGGUAUGACUCCAAGUGCUAUUGUCACAGAUGAACUUGGCAGUAUUGACCUUAUACUGAGACAGGUGAAUUGAGAACGUGCGCCUGCGUGUCACUUCUUCAGGCACCUCUUGGUCACUGCAGGCUACAAUUGCUCUUCUCUUUAAAACCCUCUUGGCAAUUGUGGCUCAGUACUUGCUGUUGUAAUUCCUUAUUCCAUUCUAGUUUUUCUUAAAGGAGUAAACCGGGACAGGGGUGGGAGUAUUGGUUUACUUUGUCGUGCAGCAUUUGGUUACAAGUGUUAAUGUUCCAUAGUACGUCUACGCUUGCAGAUCAAGGGUAUCUUUAAAUCAGAGUAUAAUAUCAAUACUGCUAAAAUCUGCAUGUCCUCUGUGUGACUGAUACAGCGUUGCUAUUUCAUUUUUUUUUAAGUAUCAGAAUGAAAGAAAAAACAUAAGAGAACCUAGUUGGGAAUAGUUUGUCAGCCCUUCCCCCAGACUAAUUCAGAUUUGACUCACCGGUAUGCUUGAAAACUGCAGUUAGUUAACUUUGUUACCUUCCAGCUAGGGGUGCUAGCUGUAGCUUAGACGUGCAGUAGGCGGAUAGCUUUAGCAGUAAACUUUUCCAAUUUCAUAAACAUUUUUUGCAACCACAAAACCUGUAGCACACCACCGUACGAGCAAUGAGUAUGUUGGCAUUUUCAGUUGACAUAUGUAAAUAUUACAGUGUUUCCUCCAAAUAAUUAACAUUUCUUAAAAAAAAAAAAAAAA